AGGUGUCUGGACAAGCAGCAGCAGUUCGUGUGACGGCUGACAGGUGUGCCUUUUACGGCUACAGAUUCCUCGGCUGGCAGGUACUUUCCUUUCUUUUACCCUAUUGGCUGUAUGAGUUCAUUGUUUUUUGUUAUUUCUCUUUUUAUUUGUUCAUUUCCACGCUAGCUGUAGGUGCCUCAUGUGGACAUGCGUUUCUGGAUAAUGGUUGGUUUUGGUAAACUUCCAAAGUACCAUCAGGAUCCUACAACAGAAGAGUUAGCCAAAACACUCGACUGUUGGCCUUCAUUGAACUAUUAUAUCACUGUUUGUAAAUAUGUUCUUAUGCCAUGGAAAUUCAAUGGAUGCUACGCACUUUUCGUAAUCGAUCAUGGUAAAAAGCACGUAACUUUUAUAGACUUUACACCCACUCAAGAUUGGUGUAAACACAUGCCAUACAAGAGGUUUGCGGAAGCAAUUAUCAUGGCCUCAAAGAAAUAUAAGAUUGCCUACAACAAGAAACAUUUUGGAUGGGCAGAUGAUAUUUUUAAGUGGGAACAUACAAUUCGGUCUGGUGUUCCAAUUGACUUAAAAGGGGUUAAUACCAGCUACUUCUUCUACAAGCUAUGAUCAUGUGGGGGAGUGCUAGACGAAUGGAAUUUGAUAGGGUGAAUGGAGUAUGUUUGUUUCAUGUUCAAACAUACAUUUCAGUUACAUAAUAUAAAUUUGACGUUUUGUUCUCUUAUGUCUUUGUGUGUAUGAUACAAAGAUUCUUCGAAGGAACUUUGUAAUUGAUCUGUUAAGUUACGAGGAUAAUUCAUGCCGCUAUGCCAUCCCUGCAAACAUACAACAAAGACUUAUCAAUAUCGCUAAAAAAGAUUAGAUUAAUGUACGGUUGUCGACAUAUUUGCAUAUUAUUAAAAAUUGUAAGACAUCACAUUUUUAAUUGAGGUUGCAUCAAUAAACAGGUUGAUGUAGACCAAUAUGGUUUGUGUGUGGUUUACAUGUUUUAAAUAUAAAUAUAUGUGGGCAGCUAGCACA